CCACACGUAAAAUCCUUUGCCAUUUCUAUGCGUUUUGGCCCCUGAAAAUUUGCGUAUUUGCAAUCCAGGACAGGUGGGGCACGUAUGUAUAAAUGGUGGUAGGCGAAAUCGCGGCGGUUUGGAGUCCCUGAGCGCAAAAAAAGGGGGCCGAGCUGCUGCUACGCGCACCCGCGCAGCCAGCCGCCGCGCCACGGAGCGCGUGCUCUCUCUCUCGGCGGCUCGCCGCGUCGCUCGGGGGGGAGGCGGCUCGGCCAGGCCUGCCGGAUGAGGCCGCCGGAGCUCGCGGUGGCGGUGGCGGUGGUGGUCGGCGCCGCGCUGGCAGCGGUGGCGGUGGCGGAGCCGUUGCCGGCGGCGCUGAGGCUGGAGCGCGCGCUGCCGCACAGGGGGGUGGCGGUGGAGCACCUGAGGGAGCGGGACAGGGCGCGGCACGGGGGGAGGGGGCUGCUCGGAGGAGGAGGAGGAGGGGUGGCCGGAGUGGUGGACUUCCCCGUGGAGGGCUCCGCCAACCCGUUCAUGGUCGGGCUUUAUUUUACGCGUGUGAAAUUGGGAAGUCCACCGAAAGAAUACUUUGUUCAGAUUGACACUGGCAGUGACAUCUUAUGGGUAGCGUGCAGCCCUUGCACCGGUUGCCCAUCUUCAAGUGGGCUCAAUAUCCAAUUGGAGUUCUUCAAUCCUGACAGUUCAUCAACAUCCUCCAGGAUACCAUGCUCAGAUGAUAGGUGUACAGCUGCGCUGCAAACAGGGGAAGCAGUCUGCCAGACGUCGAACUCAGCAAGCAGCCCAUGUGGUUACACUUUCACGUAUGGUGAUGGAAGUGGCACGUCAGGAUACUACGUGUCUGACACAAUGUAUUUUGACACUGUCAUGGGAAAUGAGCAAACUGCCAAUUCUUCCGCAUCUAUUGUUUUUGGGUGUAGCAACUCACAGUCAGGAGACCUGACAAAGACAGACAGGGCAGUUGAUGGGAUUUUUGGGUUCGGACAGCAUCAGUUGUCUGUUGUCUCACAGUUGAAUUCUCUUGGGGUAUCCCCGAAAGUGUUCUCUCAUUGCCUGAAAGGUUCAGAUAAUGGUGGUGGUAUUCUUGUUCUUGGUGAAAUUGUUGAGCCAGGAUUAGUCUAUACUCCACUUGUCCCAUCACAGCCUCAUUACAAUUUGAAUCUGGAGAGCAUCGUUGUCAACGGUCAGAAGCUAGCAAUUGAUUCUUCCUUGUUUACGACAUCAAAUACACAAGGAACAAUUGUGGACUCAGGGACAACUUUAGCAUAUCUUGCAGAUGGGGCAUAUGAUCCAUUUGUUAAUGCGAUAACUGCCGCAGUCUCUCCAUCUGUACGCUCUCUUGUCAGCAAGGGGAACCAAUGCUUUGUAACUUCCAGCAGUGUUGACUCAUCGUUUCCUACCGUGACACUAUAUUUUAUGGGUGGUGUUGCAAUGACGGUGAAACCGGAGAACUAUCUUUUGCAACAGGCUUCAAUUGACAACAAUGUAUUAUGGUGCAUUGGUUGGCAAAGGAAUCAGGGUCAACAAAUAACCAUACUCGGAGAUCUCGUUUUGAAGGACAAGAUUUUUGUAUACGACCUGGCGAACAUGCGCAUGGGCUGGACUGACUACGACUGCUCGACGUCGGUGAACGUCACGACGUCGUCGGGGAAGAACCAGUUCGUGAACACCGGGCAGUUCGACGUGAACGGAGGGUCGCGUCGGCGGGGCGCGCCGCCGUACGGCGGCCUGGUACCUACCGUGCUGGUCGCCGUCGCGCUCGUUUUUGGCGCGUCCUCUUCACGUGGUAGAUAGCAGACGGGCUAACCGAUCCGACACGUGACAUUGUGAUUCCCCCAUUCUUUGUUGGUGCAUUCAGGCGUCCGAUCCUCCCCACGAGCGAAUGAGCAUAUAUUGACCAUUCUUACUGUACAUACAGAUAGGGAAAGGGAAAAAACAAAAUUAACAUCAAGAGUUCAUUGCUCUUAGAACAGAGCACGGCAGUACGUCACUCUC